AUCAAGAUGGCGGAAUAUGCUGUGUUUUUGUUGAGAAAGUAUGAGUAAUAUUAAAACGGAUUUAUACUACUUCGCCUUGCAGUUACAUCUGAUAUGGUAACAUCUAGUUAACAGACGUUUCUGUUAUCGUGUUCUUUCCGAAAUCUAUCAUAUCAUUUUGCAUAAUUAGCCCGCUUGAAUGACUUGAAUUUGAAAGAACAAACCAGUUUUUUUAGUGCCAUUCGAUUCGUAGUCAUGUCAUUUCUUAGCAGUGUCAAGAGAUUCUUCCGUAUUACGGAGGACGUGAAGAAAAAAGAUAUCUGGAGUGUGAAUAUCAAGAGAGACGAAGAUCCUCUAGCGAUAUGGACUAUAACAGGCGAGCUUGGCGAUGGCGCCUUUGGAAAAGUAUACAAGGCUGAGCACAAAGAAACAAACCUGCUUGCUGCCUUAAAACAAGUAGAAAUAAAAUCGGAAGAAGAUUUAGAAGAUUUUAUUGUGGAGAUAAAUAUUUUAGCUGAAUGUAAACAUCACAAUGUUGUCGGUCUACAUGAAGCAUUUUACCAUAAUGGUACACUAUCGAUGUUUAUUGAGUUUUGUGAAGGAGGAGCAUUGGACAGUAUCAUGGUGGACUUAGAGAAGCCAUUGUCGGAAGAUCAGAUACGAUUUGUGUGUCAUGAGAUGUGUGAAGGGCUGUCAUACUUACACGAAAAGAAGGUUAUACAUCGUGAUCUGAAAGCUGGAAAUGUUUUGCUUACCAUCGAUGGUGAUGUUAAACUAGCCGAUUUUGGUGUCUCUGCUAAGAAUACUAAGACUCAUCAAAGACGAGAUACAUUCAUAGGAACACCAUACUGGAUGGCACCGGAGGUUAUACUAUGUGAAACUUUAAAAGAUACACCAUAUGAUUAUAAAGCAGACAUUUGGUCAUUGGGUAUUACCUUGAUAGAGUUUGCUCAGAUGGAACCUCCUAAUAAUGAUAUGCAUCCAAUGAGAGUCCUUAUCAAAAUACAGAAAUCAGAACCCCCAAAAUUAGAUGCUCCUUCUAGAUGGUCUCCAAUGUUCAGUGAUUUUAUAGGUAAAUGUUUAGUAAAAGAUCCAGAACAGAGGCCAACAGCUAAAGAAUUAUUAGAGCAUAAAUUUAUAAAAGAUUUUACAAACAAGAAACCUUUGAAAGAUUUAAUCAAUGAAGCAAAGGCUGAAGUUGUAGAAGAAGUACAUGAUUUAUCAGAUGAUGAAGAUAUUCAAGAAAUCAGACGCCGAUUGAGUGAUACUGAUACCGAUAUGGACAGUAUUUCUAACUAUAGUGUUGAUUCCAAGAAAGACAAAGAAAAGAGUCAAGAAAAGGAAAUUAAGAAACCUGCUGAAUCAAAAGAAGCAGAUAAAGAAAAAUCUGAUGUCAAACCAGCCGAGAGACCAGACUCAAAGGAAGGAAAGAAACCCCAUUCACCUAAGAAAACUCCUGCCCCUGAGCCCCCUGUUGCUGCAGGUCUACCUGUGGCUGCAGGAACAGCAGUUAAAGUGGAAGAGAAAGACGAUAAUGACAGAUCAUCUGAUGAAGGACUGGGUCCUAGUGGUGAUGAACGAUCAGAAGGCAGUCAGAAUGACAGUCCGGCUAAAACACAAGAAGUUGAUAGAGAUGUCGAUGUGGUAGAAAUUCCACCGGUUAAAGCGAAGACGCCAGAGAAAGAGAAAGAUGAUAAACAUAAUGAAGCUGUUAUUGUUUCUGAAGAUAUUCUUGAAGGCAUAAUUUUAGAUGUUAUCACGUCUACUUCUGUCGCUCCAUCUGUACCUGGCGUUGUCCUCGACACGGUCCAAGAUUUGUUAACAAAUACGAAUGAAGACGAGGAAGACGAAGAUAAUAACGAUUCACCGCGGGUUACAGAUAUUAUAGCUAGUAUAGAGAAUAAUGCACCUGAAGGGUUUGAGGUUCAGGAGGUCAAGGUCAAUGUAGAAGAAGAUAGAAAAUCUGGCAGCAUAACACCUGAUCGAGACCAAGCACCUGUUAUUACAUUUCAUAAUCAACCUGUACCUAAUACUGGCGCUAUCGUUAUUAACGGUCACGCUACAGCCGUUAAAGACACCACAGUUAAUAAACCUAGUGUGGACAGUCCUAAACGGCAAAUCGCUAUUCCACAAACUGAUCUAGACACAUUUGAGACUAGAUUAACAAGUGAAAAUGGUUCAUCUCAGGACGUUUCUCUAGAUGUGUCGAACCCCGAUGACGAUAUAUCUGAUAAACGAUCUGACUCAGGUAGUGUUAAUACAAUAGAUAGUGUAGAAAAGGAGGAGCCUAAAGCUAAAGUGGUGCCAUCUGCUGAUGUAGUACAGAGGAGAACAAAACGUCAAUUAAAGCCUAAAAAUGAUAAUAAGAGUGAUUAUCGUACAAUGACCAAAACCAGGAAAUUUAUAAAAGAUGGUAAAAUGGUGACAAGUACAACAACUAAAGUGGUAGCUUCGGGUCAAGAAAAUAGAGUAAAGGAAGUGCAUGAUUUAAGAAAACAGGAUUUACGGGAGUUGAAGCUAUUACAGAAACAGGAGAACAAACAGUACCAAGAUUUACUCUAUAAGACCCAUGUUGCUCGAGAUGCCCAAGAACGCAAGUUUGAAACCGAAAUGCAGCAAAUGGUUAAGAGUUAUGACCAAGAUAUGGAAACUCUUACAAAACAGCAGAAACAACAAGUGGAAAAAGCUGAACUCUCACAACAGCAAGACAUGAAAAAUGCUGCCAGGAAAAUCAAAAGUGAACAGGAAAGAGAAACAAAGAUGUUUAAAGAACAGCAGAAGCAAGAACUGAAAUUAUUUAAACAUGAAUUAGACAUGCUGCCGAAAGACACAAAGAAAGAAGUGAUUAAAAAACGUAGAGAGGCUAAAGAAAUAGAACUUACAGACAAGGAAAGAAAUUUCUUAGAGAAUCAACAGGAAAGAAUGGAUAAGCAUAUGAAACAGUUAGCUGAUCAACAUAGACAGAAGAUAGCCUUGUUAGAAAGUCAGUUCUUACAACAAAAACAACAAUUACUUCGAGCAAGAGAAGCUGCUCUAUGGGAGUUAGAAAAGGAGCAACUUCAUGAAAAAAAUCAAUUAAACAAAGGUCAACUCAAGGACAUGUUCUUCUUAAAGAGACACCAGAUGUUAACACGUCAUCAAAAGGAAAUAGACCAGAUGAAGCGCUAUAAUAGCAUGAAGGAAGAAGAAAUGCUGAAUAAACAUCACUUGGAGAAAAAACGCUUGCCAAAAAUAUUACGAAAUGAGGCAAAGACGCGAGCUCAGAUGUUUAAACAGAGUUUAAGAUUAAGUGUUAUAGGAACACCUGAAGAUGAUAAAAUGAAAAUCAAACAGUUCGAAGAAAAUGAGAAGAAAAGAAUCAAGGCUGAACAACAGAGACAAGACAUGAAACAUAAAAAACAGUGGGACGAAUUGGUAUUUAGAAAUGAAAAUUCUCAAAGAGAACUAGAACAGCUACAGGCUGAAAAACGUAAAAUGUUAAUGGAACAGGAAACAGCCAAGAUAAAAGAAAUAGAAGAUGGCUACCAACAUGAACUCCGAGAAUGGAAGAGUCAGUUAGUUCCACGAAAACAGGAUUUAGAAGAUAAAUUUGCUAAACAGAGAGAAGAGCAAGAAAAAUUUUACGGUUCCAUGUCAAGUGAUGGGGAGUCUUCCCUUCCCUAUCCUCGUUCUUUACAAGGUACAACACGAAGUAAAGAAGAUUCAAUAAAAUCACGUCACUCUACAGUUAUAUAAUAAUAUUAACAUUGUUUGCUCUCGUGUAUAUAGACUAAAAAUACGACAUAACAUUGUUCAUGUUUCUCACACUGGAAUAUUGAAAUUAUCACGGAUGGACAAAAAUGGACUUAGUCGUCUGACAAAGUGUGUUUAGAGAUAAGUUUACUGGGUGUCGUUCACAAUUCUUUUCCAUAAAUAGACAGAUAAUUUAUGUGAUUUUAACAGUUUGAUUGUGAUUUUAAGUCCGGCAAAUGUUCCAGAUUGCAGAAUCAAAUUGGACCUUUCGUAAACAGAAUGUAGAGUGAUGUGCUAUUUUUACAAAGGGAGGCAACUCUUAUAGAGGAUGUGAGAUGAAUUUUGCUUUUGUAAGCAGUAUUGUGUAAAGCUAUGAUGAGUGAAUAGUUUUAUAUAUAUAAAAUAUAUAUAUAGGACAAUGAUUGUGAGUGAUGAAUGUAAUCAUGCUCCAAGACUAUCAAACAUUCUUCUGCCAAAAUAAGAAAUUUUCUUACAAGACAGUGUCAUAAUUAUUUUAAAAUUUGCCUGAAAAGGUAUAUUGUGCAAAUUGUUUUAGGUAUCACUGGCCCACAUUCUCCUGAACUGUGAAAUGUUUUACAAUUUCAAACUAUUAUGUAACCUUGUAAUAAGAAAGGGGAUCUUUAGAGAUUAUUUGGGGUGGUCUAAUAAAUGGAUAUUGAAAGAUAUAAGAAUAAAGAAAUAUUUAUUAAUUGAGGAUGUGGGUUUUGGAGUUGAGUAAAUUGUUUAAUUUUGCAUCAGAAUUGUUUGUGUCUUUGGAGCUUGAAUUAAAAAAAUAUAUAUAUAUAAUUAUAAGAUAUAUUAUAUUAAAUAUAUGUGUAUAAAUACAUAAGAUUAAACCCAAGCAUAAAAUAAGUAAUGUUUUGUAUAGUAAUAUGUUCCAGGAUAUAUGAAUAAAGGUGCUGAUCAUAUCUCUUAUUAUCUGUGUAUAAAACAUAGGUAGUUUAUAUGUAAUCACCUUUAUUAGAUAUCAAUAUUCACUGCUGAUUGUUAAGCAGGCUUUGGAUCAGUUUCUUGGAGAAUCGCAUCCCAAAAUAUAUUUUUGUGAAUGGGGGGGGGGGCAUUGAUCGCUCUUAGAUAUGAAAACUCAAGCAGAAUUAUAUUGUUUUCCUAAAGAUGACAUAAGGUGUUUAGGUCUUUAUAGCAAGAAUUUAUGAUCGAUAAUAAAGCUGAUUACAUAUAAUUUAGAAAUGAUUUUAUUUUGUAUUUCUGUAUUUUAGAUACAAUUGUGUUUCUUUCUUAUGAUGAAUUUAGUUGCUUCUCAGACAUUUUAUUUCAUUUUCUAGAAAACAAGAUUCUGGUAUGGUAUGAUAUAUCUGAAAAAAACAAAUAAUAAAUCAAAAAAUAGUUUUAAAACUUUCUCAAGAUCUCUUAAGUUAAAUUUGUUGGAUAUGCGAUUGCAGUCCACAAAUAGAUUCAUGUUUUUUAUUUUGUUGGAUACAUGCAAUUGAAAACAAAAAGAUUAAUUAAUUAUUCUUAUGUUGUUGGAUAUGCGAUUCCAGUCUACAAAAAGAUUAUUUAUAUGUUGUUGGAUAUGCGAUUGCAGUCUACAAAAAGAUUAAUUAAAUAUUCUUAUUUUGUUGGAUAUGUGAUUGCAGUCUACAAAAAGAUUAAUUAUUUCUGUUUCUCGGAGAUAACUCUUUAUUAUAUGAACUAAUUGGAACAUACGUUGAAGCAUUAUAUUAUAAUUCUAGUUAGCUUGAAAACCGUUAAUAUACUCCUCGAAAUAUAUUUCUGUUUACUGUGAUAACAGCCGUACAUAUUAAUGCAUUUUAAACUAUAUAGUUAUAUUAAGCUUAUUGUAUAUUAGGCCAUAGUUUAUUUAUCUCUGUAUUUCGUUCCUAUUUUUUUUUUGUUUUAUAUGGCUAAUUUCUACCACAUUCUUCUUUUAUUGAUUGAUAAUUAAUUUUGUUCUUCCUAUUUGUUAAGAAUAAUAUAUAUGAAACACAUUUCUUAUGAAUGAUUGUUAGUUGGUUGGAAGGAAAGUGUUUGCACAUUUCUUAAGGGGAUUAUUAACUAGAAGCAUGAUUUGCUAUGAGAUAAGGUUGCUUUCUGUAUAACAAUACAAGUUUUGAUAAUGGAAGGGAAGUGUAUUAUAGUGAAAAUCUUGUGUGUUUGGUUGGUCUAAAAUGCUCUUUUUCUUACCGGUCGUUUAGAUUAGGUACUGAAUGAUGAUAUCCCCAACCCUGCGAGUUUUCACAAUGGACAUCAACACCUGUGUUAUAGUGAAGAUCUAGUGUAUUUUAUAAAAUGCUCUUUCUGCCCUCCUGUCAUUUAGUUUCGGAAUGAUUGAGUCCCUAACCCUAACCCUGGAAUUUCAUUGUUCCAGAGUCCAGAGGGGAUGGAAGGCACACAGUGGAGGGCAGGAAGCCUGUUUACAACCUUGUCUUGAUGCUUUAUAAAGGCAUUCAAUUCCUCCAUGAUGUGCAAACAAACUGAGCAAGUUUUAUAAGAUAUAAAUGUGUAGAUCAUGUAUAUAUAUAAUAAAUGGUUGUAAUUGUAUUUAAUGUUUAAUAUAUCAUAUAUUGUAUAUGACAGGGUUUUCACAGCCAGGUAAACUUAUCCUAUUUGAAAUUGUUGCUGUGUUAUUUUGGGGAUAAUUUAUGAAGCCUAUGUAAAUUAUUAGGAAAUAAUAAUUAAUAUAUAGAUCCAGUUGAAACAUAUGACCAGUGAAGGUUGAAAUAUUAUUAUAAUUAACCUCAUGAUCUAGACAUUUUGAUUCUCGAUCUGUCUAAUUAGCCAUAGUAUUAACAUUAAGUGAAAGAAUUUGCGACAAUCGACUUGCAUACUUUCUAGUUUUUUACUAGAAUGUUUUUUGAAAAUAAAUACAUGUCGAUUAGAGGUUUAGUUCUUUUUAUUAAGAGAGGAAAUCUACUUAAGGUAUUAAUAAGGACAAUUCAACUUAAUCUUAAAGUAGGCCAUUUUUGUGAUCAUUAGAGGUGAACCUGGAAUGUUUCUAUGCAUUAGAAAGUGCUGCUAGACAUUCUUCUUUUGUCUUUCGACAUCUACACAAUUAAUACAAGUAUAGAUAGCUCUACAUAGGUUAGUUGUAUUAAUCUAUUCAUUUUAGAGCUAUUCUAUGUAAUGUAAAAUAUUUUCUUUAAUAUCAGUUUUUACUGGGGGGUGCAAUGAUACAAGUACAAUAUUAAUAUGUAGAAUUCUUAACAGAAGGUUCGAUCACCUCAGCCCAAAUAAGGGCAGUUGUAAACUAUAAUUAUAGUAAGGCAGUUUAGGAGCAGAUUUUAUAUGGAUGUGAAUGUUCUGGAAUAUUUGCAUCAACUUGCUAAGCUGCUUAACUGUGAUUGCCUUAAAAGGAUAAAAAGGAUUGAUUUUGGGUUUGAUUAUCUUGUGUAAUAAAUCCUUAAAUGUUUGCACUGGUUUGCAGAUUGCCUGGAAUGUCUUUUCGAUUAUUUUCGUGUUUAGAAUAUAAAUAAUGAAUAGCUAAAAAGAUAUUUACUAGAUGUUUUUGUAUCAUUGCACUUCUGAUCUUUAAUAUUCGUGUGAAUAAUCAAAUUGUUUUUCCAAUGUUGUACAUUUUUCUUUCACAGAUAAUUGAAUUGUAAUAAUAUGAAAGUAAUAUCAGGGCCAAUUACCUAGUUUUAGAAGGCGUUUUUUUUUUUUUUUGAAGGCCUAUUUGUAUAUAUUUGGCAAGUUUCCAUGUGUGGAAAUACACUAACUAUAUAGUAUAUUAAAGUGUAUAAAUUUAUACAUCAAAUUUU